AUGGAGUGUUCAAAUCAAACAGUACCAACUGAGUUUAUCCUCGCUGGGUUGCAAUAUCCAAAAGAAGUGGAGCUCCCCUUGUUCCUCUUCUUCUUGAUUAUGUACAGUUUGAUCCUUUUGGGGAACUCACUGAUUCUCUGGGUGGUGGCGUCGAACCUGCAGCUGCACAAGCCCAUGUACUGGUUCCUCUGCCAUUUGUCCAUCCUGGAUAUGGCUUUCUCCUCUGUUGUCGUUCCCAAAGUGAUUGCAGGAUUCUUCCCCGGUGGGAAAGUCAUUUCUUUGGGGGAAUGUAUAAGUCAGCUAUUCCUUUUCCACUUCCUCGGCUGUGCGGAAAGUCUCCUUUACACCCUGAUGGCUUACGACCGCUUCUUGGCUAUUUGUAAGCCCCUCCAUUAUAGCACCCUCAUGAACUGGAAAGCCUGCCUCAUCCUCUCCUUGGGGACAGUGAUUGGAGGCUGCCUGAACUCAAUGGGAGAGACAAUGCUCACUUUUCGACUGCCCUUUGGCCAACAAAACCUGGUGGACUACAUCUUUUGUGACAUCCCCGCGGUACUGAAGUUGGCUUGUGCUGACACGAGACUCAAUGAGAUGGUGAUCAUGGUUGACAUUGGGCUUGUGGCCAUGACUUGCUUCCUCCUCAUCCUUACCUCCUACGCGUAUAUUCUGGUGGCCAUUUUGAGGAUCAAAAGCAGCGAAGGGCGUCGCCGGGCCUUCUCCACUUGCUCAGCCCAUGUUAUAGUGGUGGGCAUAUAUUAUAUCCCUGUGGUUUUCCAUUACCUGAGACCAGCGUCUCAGGACUCAAUGGAUGCCGUGAUAUGUGUGUUGUAUACUGCAGUAACUCCAUUUUUGAAUCCUGUCAUAUACACACUUAGGAACAAGGACAUUAAGCUUGCAAUAAUGAAACAUUGGGGUAAGAGUCCCUAG